CCUUAAUGAAAGCAAAGACCCCCUCAUGUCCUCAACAUUCCCCCCACUCCCCUUUUUCUCUCUUCUUUUUUCAUAUUUUCUCUCUCAUCUGGGCCCCACCCCUCUCCUCCCUGUUUACUUACUCUGCCAUUCUCAUUAUAUCUUCCUCUCGCAGCAACCGCUCACACAACGCACAAACCCUCUCUCUCUCUCUCUCAAGAGUAUGGCUAAUGGUGUAGAUGGAGCAGCUUACUGGCUUCCCUCUGAGUUCCUCACAGACGAUGAUUUUCUCAUCGACAAAGAGAAUUUCAACAACACUCACAACACAGCCCACUUCUCUUUCCCCACUGAAUUCCCUUACGCUUUCCAAUCUCACGCCGAUCAUCUUCUUCAGGCACAUGGCAUUAUCGUCAUUUUACACUAUUCUUUUUUUUUUCUUUCUCUUUUUCCUGAUCUUUGUUUUUUGCCUUCAGAAAUUCUGUACGAUGCCGACUUCGCCGCAGUCAACGCUCGGCAGCGACGGAUGGUCAAACAAUGGAGGCACCCAAUACGACUCCGUUGAGGAUCUCAUAUGCCUGACGAAUCUCAAGCUGAACGCCUGUCCGCCGCCGAGAAAUCUUUCUUUCCAGUUUCAUAAACGGCCAGAGAUUUCUCCUCCGUCGUACCUGAAUACUUCGUUUGAAAACAUUGGUCCAAGGGCAGUGAGAGGAGUGGGCCAUGUUGCAUGGGCCCCUCACCAAGGAAGGGCGACUUUCGACGGCAGCGGCGCGGCGGCUAAAAAGGUGUGCGCUGGAACUGGAGUGUUUCUGCCUCGCCGUUAUGACGCCGUCAACGACUGUAACGCUCAUCCGUUGGCCCCUCGCAGGAGGCCAGUGUGCUCAGCUUCUUCUCCCUUCCAUGGUAGAGAAACCGCUCAAAUCCACACCAAGCCUUUGAUGUAUAGUUUCAGCGAAUCUCGGCCCCAGCCCAAGAUCAGCAGGGGCUUCGUCUCCGAUCAUAAUUCGGUGUUGGCUCGAAGGCACGCCUUAGUGCUACUGCAGCGCCAUCGGAGUUUUCUAACUCCGGUGGCCGCGGAUCAUCCAUGCCUCCCGCCAGAAUGGACUUACUGACGAUGGAUGCUGGUGAUUGUUUUUGUUCAGUUUCUACUAAGUAUAAUAUGAUAUGAUGGGAUCUAGUAAGUAGAGGAAGAUAGGUAAAUAAGAAAAUGAUGAUGCUUAAGGGUUUGGUUGGUUGGGCAGAUUUUGGUGGAGAAAGAAGAAUAUAAAUUUGUAGGAAUGGUUUCAGUUGGGGCAGGGAAAAGGAGAGUGUUGUUUUGGUUGGUAUUCUUUGAAUAACCAAUUUUAAUGGAGAAGGUCAUUUUGUGUUAGGUUGUGGUUUAGAUGUUUUGGGCGUUGUUGUGUAUUAAUGGGAUUAAAUCCAGACCCCUCCCUCCUUGUCCUUGUGUAAUACUCCUAUAUAGUGUUCAACUUCAAGUAAA